GUGGGGAGGGAGGCGGAGCUCCAGGAAACGGUCAGCCAUAAAGAAAGGAAGAAAACAGAGCCAUAGAAGGCAGUGGUAGGGAGCCUGAGAGAGGGAGACAGAUACACUCAUUAGACUCUGUUCGAGUGGGUUUCUGGAUCGAGUUUUCUUGAAAGAAAAACACGCUACACCACUUAGACGCGCUCUCAGCUGCUGCGCGGCACUCAGUAGGAGGCGUUCUGUAGUGUCAUUAUCAAAGCUCUUAACGGGGCUGCUGUUCUGUGAGUUAAUUGCUUUUUUAAAGAAAAAAAAGACAAACGACGAGACAAAAUGAGCUGUCCAGUUAGCAGUUUCUAUGCCACGCUCAUCCUGCUUCUGCUCUGGCGGGUGGAACAGAUCGCCGAUGCCUGUAGUUGCUCCCCAAUCCACCCACAACAGGCUUUUUGCAAUGCAGAUGUAGUUAUCAGAGCGAAGGUGGUUGGAGGAAAAGAGGUGGAUUCUGGGAAUGACAUCUAUGGCAAUCCUAUCAAGAGGAUCCAGUAUGAGAUUAAGCAGCUCAAGAUGUUUAAAGGACCUAAUAAACUCAUCAUGGCGGUGUUCACAGCCCCUUCGUCCGCAGUGUGUGGCGUGACUCUGGAGACCAACGGCAAGAAGGAGUACCUGAUAUCAGGCAAGGCGGAGGGUGAUGAGAAGAUGCACGUGACCCUCUGUGACUUCAUCAUCCCCUGGGAAUCCUUGAGCGCCACCCAGAAGAAGAGCUUGAAUCAGCGCUACCAGAUGGGCUGUGAGUGCAAGAUCUCUCGCUGCCCGUCCAUCCCCUGCAUGAUCACAGCCCCGGACGAGUGCCUGUGGACAGACUGGGUGACGGAGAAGAGCAUCAACGGGCGCCAGGCCAAGCACUACGCCUGCAUCAAGAGGAACGACGGCUCCUGCGCGUGGUACCGAGGCGUGGCCCCGCCCAAGAAGGAGUUCCUGGAUAUCGAGGACCCCUAGACCGACUCCUCCCCCUGCCAGCUAGCCAAUAGACAUGCCUGCACAAAAAUAAAUGAAACUAAAAAAAUAAUAAUAUUAAAUAAUUAUAAUAAUUAAAUGUAUAUAGACUGGUCCAGUGCUGACAUUGUUUCCCCAUGAAAGCCUGCUGCAGGAAACUACAGCAACCUAUGAGGGACAAUCCUGUGACGAGAGCACUUUUAGCCCCAAAAGGCGCUUGGAUUUGAAAUUUAUCAUAAAAGUAUGACAAAUGUACAUUUAUUUUUUUGUAAAACUAACAAAAAAUGAAUUUGGGUUUUAGCCAGUCAGAAGUGAGCUCUGAAAGCUCUGUAGAGGUCAAAUCUCACUGAAUAUCCUGUAGAUCUUAACCAUGCAGUUUAAACCAAUCAGAUUAAUGGAGAGGCGGGACUUCCCAGAAUAUUCCAGCACUUGUUUCUAGAAAAAGAAAGGAAUCCCAUGGUUAUGAGACAGAAUGACGUGACACCAACGCUUUAGAUAUUUAUGGUGGUUCAUUACUUUGCACAGCUUCCAAAUAACCCUGUGUAUCCCAAAAAAAUCCCUAAAGCCAGAAUUCCAGCAACGCCAGCAUUUAUGUUGUUUGUAUAUUGCGCAUAGUUACUAUUUUGUUUGCCUCUUUAUACAUGAUUAAGCCCCCAUCAUACACUGGGGAUUUCUCUUUUUACCAAAGUAAUAGCACAUUUCAGUCAAAAUGUAUGGAAAGAAUUUCCAAAUGGUACAGAAGGAAAGCCAUGUGCUGAAUCAUUUAAGAUGUAUUUAGAACUAACAGCAAGUUCCAUUCAUUUAGAACUGCGAUGAGCCAGUAAACUGGGACAGUUUUAAGGGUCGGCUUCGAGUGUUAGAAUUGGCAUCAGAAAGAAACCUCUUCUGGAUUUGUGCAUGUUGAUACAGUACUUUUUAAACUGUAACAUGAAUUGCAAUACAGAUGCGUACAGCAUCGUAUUCAACUAGAAUAUAAACGUGUUAACAACUUUAUUUGUAUAAUAAAAUAAAUAUAAAAUGUAUAAACUGCAGACUAACGGCUGGAUUCACAGACCCCGAUUUUAGCACGCACGUUGGACUACCUCCCACAAGGUAAAGUUAUGUAGUCGAAGGUUAGUGCUGUGAAACCAGGUGUCUACGUCAAUUCAGUGUGAGAUUUGACCUAAGUUUUGUUUUAAUUCCAAGCGGUUUCUAAUGUCCCACAUGACCAGUCUAUGCGAUUUCGAUAUAGCUAUCUGCUUAAUGUUAAAUGUCAUAUACUCUUCCCUCUCUGCCUCACUGUCUCCUUCUCCCCCUACCCUUGUGUGCUGUACCCCUGUCUGCUGUACAGUUCAUAUGCAUAUACACUUAUUUUUCUGUUUUUAAUCUUGGUUAGGUCUAGAUUUGCACUUUCGCAGAGCUGCUGCAGAAGAACCCUUUGGUCUAAAGACCGAUGUGUUAACAAACAGGGAGGACUGAAUCCUCUCUCUUUGUUUUGUAAUAGUGUUUGUAUCCUCCUUUUUACAUUUAAAAAAAGAGCGCUUUUUCAAUUGCUUUCCUAUUAAGAAAUUGUGUGGUAGCGCUUUAUUAGACUUGGAAAAGCGCUCAUAAUAACUGUGCACAAUCCUUCAGAAUGACUUUGCAUAACCUGCAUGUAAGGAUUUGUAGCAUUUUUUUUUUUUUUUUUUUUUUUACAAACCAAAAGUAUCGGAAUUGAAAGUUCAGCGUCUCAAAUGCCUUUCUGUGAUUCGUAGCCAUCAACACUUAUUUGUAAAUCUUGAUCUCCAGCAUGUUGUUCUUCAGAUCUGCGUUCUGAAUCCUUGCCUGCCUGUUAUGUGCAUUUCCAAAGUGAUUAUGAAGGGUUAUGCAUGUAGUUUUUACAGUGUUGUGCAGCCUUUAUGAAAAGGUUAUGAAUGCUGGUGUCCAACUGGGGGAAAAAAAGCGUUACCAGAUUUGUUUAUAUUGUAUGUGUUUCAUUUUGAUGCUAUGUUAAGUACUAUAUAGCUUUAUUUUCUUCCAGUAGUGUAUUCUAAAUUAGAGCUCUAGGUCACCAUCUCUGUCUUUUUUUUUUUUUUUUUUUUUUUGGUUGGAGACAGGAUGUGAAACCAAGCCGAAAUAACAAACGAAUGUCUCUCCAAAGCAAGACUAGGCCAUUGCCAAAGUGUGUUUGUUCCCUUGCAGGGCAAACUUGUAUUCCAAGUGACUGUCAGCCCUUCCCGGCCACAAUUGCUGUCACUGUGUAUGAAAUGUUGUUGCUAGAUUCAAGGUUUGUUUAGCUGAAUUGCAUUGUUGUCAGAGUGAGGGAGGGGCUGUCAGAAUGGACUGCCGAUUGCUACAACGAAUUCCAGAGUUUAUUCUCUGAACCUAAUUUUAAACAGUUAGGUCGGGGUGAUAUUAAUGACGCGCUUCCUUGUACAAUAAAAAAACAAAACCAAAAGGUAAUAAACUCUUGAAUGGCUCUGUAAAUAUCGGAAGUUUCUCUAUCCUUUGAGGAGGUGACCCUGACUCUGCUUUGUUACACAGUUCAUUUUUUUUAUUAAUAAUUAUAGCUAAUUAAAAACACUGUGACUGGGGAGUUUCUUACUUAUGUGGUCUGAUUUUUUUUUUUUUUUUAAUUAAUUUUUUUAUACAAUCCAUGACCCAUAAUAACAAUAAUAAUCAGGACCCAGAAAUUAAAAUAUUAUAACUUGACUGGAUGUACACCAAUGCAACUUGUAUGACAUGAGAAGUUGCUAAAUAUCCUGCACUGUCUAUUGUAAUUUCCUUCAGAUGGGGUAAGGCUUUCAGUGUUGAUGUGCAGUUUGAGUUUUUGCAAGUUAUCUUCAUCACAUCCUGUGCAUAGAAUUUACAGGAAACUUUUUUUUGUUUGUUUUAAUUAUUAUUACAACCUACUAGGUACUGCCCCACCCACCCAGCAUGCAUGCUGAACAAAACCUUUAAAAACAACACUUGCAUUGUGAAAUGGGAGAGAGAGAGCUCUUAAUGGUAGCACUUUUAGAUUACAUGGUUAUUAACGAGCAGUCCGUUCUUAAGUUCUACCCUCAUGUACCAUUUUCUCGAGUCUCUAGGGGGCACUAUGAGGGGGUUCUAACUGGCCUGUUGGUUCAGUUUUAUCAGUUAAAAGACAUACGUGGUCAUUAAACGUUACGGCAAUGUAGUAUACCUCCAGGUUUUCUAUCAUUAACUAGUAUUUUAAAGAUGUUUCUGCCCUGUACAGAACACAAUUUUGCUGUUGAAAUGCGUAAACAUUAAAGACGUUUUUCAUUUUAUAUUUCUUUUUUUAUGUUUGUAAUCUUUGCAUUAGAAGUAUGAAAUAUGACCUAAAAUGAUAACAUAAUUUAAAGCUUGGAGGAUGUGUUUUUUUUUUUUUUUUUUUUUUAAAGUUUGCUAAAGUAAAGUCUGAGACUUCUUGUGCUGGGAACACGUGGAAGUUGUUGUGUAAGACUGUGCAUGUCUUUGUUGCUUUGCAGAAUUCAUAUGUGGACAUUCAGUCAAUGGAUAAAAUAUACAGUAUUAUCAAUAAAGAGUUAGCAUAACUCCA